AUGAUUCAAUAUCCAAAGCAAGCUCAGUAUGUGACGAAGUUCCUCUUCCUUUAUCUUUCCCAGCCUGGCCUUCGCUCAGUCUGGGAGAAAUACUAUGAAGAGGUUCAUGCUGUGGUAUUCAUAAGAUGCUGCUGCCCUUCUCGUUUCGAAGAUUCAAAAUAUGCACUUGAGAAAGUUCUUAGACACGAUCUGCAGGGAGCCCCUCUCUUGAUAUUAGCAAACAAGCAGGAUCUCUCCGAAGCUGUAACAGCUGAAGAACUCGCACGAUAUCUCGAUCUUAAGAAAUUGGAUGAAAGGGCUUACAUGUUUGAGGCUGUUUCCGCUUUUGAUGGGACGGGAAUCAAAGAAGGCGCGGAGUGGUUAGUGAAGGCAAUGGAAAGAAGCAAGAGAACUGAAAUGUUGAGAAAUCGUGCAGGUGUGCCCGGUCCGACAUAGAGCUUU